GUCGCGUAGUAUAGACAAGUGUCUAUUUCUUUCUCCUAACUCUGUUUUUUUUAUUUCCUCUACUGGUAGUACGUGUACGGGGCGAGAGUGUCUUGUAUUUUUUUGUUUUGAAUUGUUUUGCUACGUCACAAAGUCCGGUGACAUCUAUCGGUCAUUCUUUGUCACGAGGCAGUUCACCCUCUAGUUUGGUUGUAGCGGACGGUGUGUUGGCUCGUAAAACGUUAUUUGUCUGUACCUGUUUCUCGGACUUAUUUUUCAGUUGGAUUUUUGGGACCCCUGUUUAGGGUGAGUUAUUCGUUUGUGAUAUCUAUUAUUGUAUGUUGUAUGAGGUUGUCACUAUUUCUAUUUUUAGUGUAGAAGUUGAGAGUAUUGUGUUUAUUUCGUUUAUAGGGUGCCAGUGUUGGAGUUGUGGGCGUCGCUUGCCGUCUCAGAAAUACAUAUUGCAGUUUUUUUUUCAUUGUCAUUGUCAAACUUUACUAUUACCAAGGUUGGCAGUGUGUGACGCCAGUCGGUCAGAGUCUGGUGGACCAUAAAGCCAGGGUGACAAGUUAAUAGCCGUAGCAAAGGUGCUUAAUUUAAUUAUUGUAUAAUAUCUUUAUAUAUACCUAUUAUAUAUAUAUAUAUAUAUAUAUAUAUAUAUAUCUAAUAUAUAUACUGUCUAUUUGUCAUCCUCAUUGUACAUACACAUAUAUGUUUCAUACAAUUAAAUUCAUUUAUUUUUGUUGUUAUUUAAACUAUUCACAUUGUUGUUUACUGUAUGUACGACUGUGUGUGAGUGAUGUUCUUGUCAGGUUGAACCCCGGGACCUUAACAGUAUACAGCUAGUUAAAAACGCAAAUAAAUCCUAAACCUGACAAAUGGGGGCUCAGAGUCCGGCUGUGACUACUAGGUCAUAGAUUGUCUUAUCUCGUCUUGUUAUCUUAUAAAAUAAAAAUAAAAAAUAUACUGCCUAAUACCCCUUUAUUGUAUUUAUAUUUGAUGUUAUUGGGUACAAUUUGCUGAAAAAAAAAAAAAGUGUUUGUGUACUUCUCAUAAUUGUUGGGACAUCAAAAGUAGCAGAGGCUUGAAACAUUGUUAAAUUUAUCAUUAAUUUGUUUGAAUUCACCGCCAUAUUAUUAUAUGUGUUGAUUGUUAUUGAGGAUUGUACCAAUGCUAAAUUUAUCAUUUAUGAUUUUGAACUCAUCAUCAUAGGACUAUAGGUGUUGAUAUUUCAAGAUUGUGAUUUAUAUUCAUUUAUUUAAUUUUUUCUUUCAUGUUAUUUUGUGCUUCACUACCACCGAGUGACGAGUGUCUUCUCGCUCCCGGCAACAGGCAAGUGUGUGGGGAUUGACCGUUGAUACCGGUGUUAGAGGCCAUCGUUCCUAUAUUGGUGUGUUGGAAGUCCCUGUAACAGCUAUCUUUCUACGCAUCGGCCUGGAGUGAGGCGUUUUCUCUCCGACUUUGGAUACUACUCAGAUAGGUUUUCUUUCUUUGCCAUACGACACACUCUAAGUUUUAGUUUACAUCUUAUGUCUGUAUAUUAUAGUAUAUCAUAGUAAUAAUAAUAAUAGUAUUAGUUGAUUUAGCUGAACACAGUAAGGCACUUAGACCAUGGAAACCAGGUUAACGGUAAGAUCACAGUUUAUUAGUGAUGGCCGUGCUAUGGGGUACGAAGGGGAAAGGUUAGAGAGAUAUGUGAAGGAACGGAAAGAUGAAUAUGAUAGAGAUAAGGAAGAGGCGAAGGCAGAAGAAGAGGCUAGAAAGAAAGAGGCGAAGGCAGAAGAAGAGGCUAGAAAGAAAGAGGCGAAGGCAGAAGAAGAGGCUAGGAAGAAAGAGGAAGAAGAGAGAUUUGAACGUGAUGAGAAGGCCAAACGCGAGGAGCACGAAAGAUGGAAGGAAAGAGAUGCCAAGGAGUCAAUCAAGAGGAAAGAGGAGUUGGAACUGGCUAGGCUUAAAGAAAAGUCUGCGCCAGAGGCAGGCGUGGCGGCAGGACAGUCAGGGGAUGUGCGAUACAAGAAUGUCUUAGACAGGCUUGACAAGAGUUUCCAGGGAAUGAAAGAUGACGACGACCUCCUAGCUUACCUAACACACUUUGAGGCCGUUGCAGCAAGGUGCAAAAUAGAGAGAAAAGAGUGGUCCUUGCUGUUGUCAUAUAAACUGACCACCGCACUCAGAAACUUCAUGCUAAGGGACAGUCUGUUCCUUAGCGAGAAUUAUGAAGAAGUCAAGACUGCACUUCUUCGCCAUGCAGAUAUCAACGCGGAAACCUGCCGCAAAAGAUUCCAUCUCGUGAGACCAAGUCAAAACGACUUUAGGAGAUAUGUAACAGAAUUGAAAACGGCCUUAGAUAAUUGGUGCAAGAUGGCUGAAGUCGGUAAAACAGUGGAGGAGUUAAGAGAUCUGUUGAUCAAAGAUAGGAUCUUAGAAAGCGUAUCGAGUCGUGUAUACAGGCAACUGGUUUUGAGCAAGCACAGAACAGUAGAGAACAUGCUGGAAGUUAUAGAAGGCUUUAAGGUUGCUGGGUCAGAUGAGCCGAUUUGUAAGGAAGAGAGUGUAUAUGUGGCGGCAGCAUGUUGUGAACCUGUGGGUAAAAGAAAGGUAAUUGUGUGUUUCAGUUGUGGUGAAAAGGGGCAUAAUUCAACCGAGUGCCGUAAAGGUGUUUCCCCGUCUAACGAGAUUGAUGUUGAAGAUGUGAACUCUAAGGAUAUUGUCAGCGAUCAAGAUCAAAGGUCAAGACAUAGAUGACUAGCGGGUCGUCGCGAUUCGGAUGGUCGCCGUGGGUAUAAGUUAGUGCCGGAUCGCUACACAGUAACUGUUCAAAAUUUGCCAUUCAAUGUUAACUGGCAGAAGUUAAAAGAUAGAUUUAGAGACGUUGGUUUAGUGGGAUUUGUGGAGGUUUUAAUGGCAAACGGGAAGUCGAUGGGCGUAGGUCAUGUAAAGUUAAGGAACCUGGCCGAUGUUGCGAGAGCAGUUAAAUAUUUAGACAAGUCCAAACUUGGAGGUAGGACUAUUGUAGUUGUCCCACAUCGUAUAAGUGCGCGGGGGUAACGAUAUGAUAACUUUGAUUCUCUGUUUUAUAUAUAUAUAUAUUUAUAUAUAUAUUAGCUUUGUUGGUCAAACGUUCCAAUAUUUAGACCUAUGGAAGUAAACUGGAACUGCAAGUGUGCGUUGGCAUUGAAUAGGCUGCAGACUUGUCUGAGUAAGUGUCCUAUUCUUCGUUUACCUGAUACUUCUCUAACUUUUUUUUUUCUUCAGACAGAUGCUUCAGAUAAAGGAAUUUCUGGCAUUCUCUGUCAAUGUAUCAAAGGCGUGUUACAUCCCAUAAAGUACGUAAGCCGUAAAUUGUUGCCUCGGGAGCAGAAGUACUCUAUUAUUGAACGGGAAGGAUUAGCCAUAGUAUAUUCUGUUAAGGAACUGGACAGGUAUUUAGCAGGUAAAACAUUUCACCUGCUGACUGAUCACAAGGCCUUAUCGUAUCUCAGGAGCACAAACUUUACAAACGCACGUAUCACAAGAGGGGCAUUGAUGCUACAAGACUACUCCUUUGACGUUGUCCACGUAAAGGGAGAGAACAAUCUGCUGGCUGAUCUUUGUUCAAGAUUGAUAUAGACUUCCAUCCGCCAUUUAUUUUAUGUUUCUAUGUGUUAUAACAUUUGAACUUGUGUUUUAUAUUAUGCAAAUGAUACUAAUUUCAAGAAUAUAAUGUGUAUUUAUUUAAUAUAAAUAUAAUUUGGUAUAUUAUAUUAAUGUUGUAUUUGUAAAUAUGAAUUUGUAAUAUAACUUGGUUCUUGUCCCAAGUUGAUAUGGGUCACCUUCAAAGUCAAGGUAACCAACUUUUCUUUGUUAUUGGAUCUUUAUCUUGACGUGUAUUGUGUUUCCUUGGUUCAUUAAUUGGUGACUCCCCAUCAUUUUUUUUCUUCCAUUAUUACAUUUUGAAAUGUGACAUAGAUGCACUUAUGAUCAUUUUGUUCUUCCUUGUUCUUUCUACAAAGUUUUGUCUUCGAAAGGAUUUUUGAUGACUGGAAUUUCUUUCAAAAUUUCCAGCUCGUCGAGGAGGGGGGAUGUCGCGUAGUAUAGACAAGUGUCUAUUUCUUUCUCCUAACUCUGUUUUUUUUAUUUCCUCUACUGGUAGUACGUGUACGGGGCGAGAGUGUCUUGUAUUUUUUUGUUUUGAAUUGUUUUGCUACGUCACAAAGUCCGGUGACAUCUAUCGGUCAUUCUUUGUCACGAGGCAGUUCACCCUCUAGUUUGGUUGUAGCGGACGGUGUGUUGGCUCGUAAAACGUUAUUUGUCUGUACCUGUUUCUCGGACUUAUUUUUCAGUUGGAUUUUUGGGACCCCUGUUUAGGGUGAGUUAUUCGUUUGUGAUAUCUAUUAUUGUAUGUUGUAUGAGGUUGUCACUAUUUCUAUUUUUAGUGUAGAAGUUGAGAGUAUUGUGUUUAUUUCGUUUAUAGGGUGCCAGUGUUGGAGUUGUGGGCGUCGCUUGCCGUCUCAGAAAUACAUAUUGCAGUUUUUUUUCAUUGUCAUUGUCAAACUUUACUAUUACCAAGGUUGGCAGUGUGUGACGCCAGUCGGUCAGAGUCUGGUGGACCAUAAAGCCAGGGUGACAAGUUAAUAGCCGUAGCAAAGGUGCUUAAUUUAAUUAUUGUAUAAUAU